GGUACAGCCCUCAGUGUAAUAUAAAAUAAGGGAUGCUGCCGUCUCGUGUCAGUACAUGAUCAUACCACGGACAGUGCUGUGAAUAAUGUUUGGACUAUUCUGUAUAGUGUGACUUUAUUAAUGUGCUCAAAAGCUGUAAGCAAUUAGACAUCAUCACAUUAUUAACAAAAAAAACACUAUGAAGAGCUGGCUUGAGGCAGCUGGUAACAUGGAGGACGGCUCUCUACAGUGCAUGCUGGCUGAACCUAGAGAAGCUUUAUUACCCAUCACAGGAAGGGAGAACCUAGCUCCCAGGAAGAGAGAAAGAACACUCGAAGCCUGCGCUCUGUCUGAGGAAGCUUACUUAUCCAGCGGCGCGGGCUCGCCAUGCGCAGGGCUGUCUCGCGAGGAACGCAGAAGAAGACGCAGAGCUACCCUCAAAUACCGGACAGCUCACGCUACGAGAGAAAGAAUAAGAGUUGAAGCAUUCAACGCGGCUUUUGCAGCCCUCAGAAGGUUGCUACCAACUUUACCGCCAGAUAAAAAAUUGUCCAAAAUAGAGAUUCUGCGGCUGGCUAUUUGCUAUAUUGCGUACUUGAAUCACGUUCUGGAUGCGUGAUCAGACUAUAUGAAAGUUAAAGUUUACACAGUAUAAGGAACGAAAACAACAAGUGGUCUAACAAUUUUGGCAUGACCCGAACGGUUAUAGAACAAUUCCGGAACCAUUGCUUUCCCUAGUCCGUUAGACGACUGGCAGUGAGUUCUUUAGACUGUGUAUUUGAUUGUUGACUAUUGUUACUUAUGUGGAAGUCGUGAUUUUUCUUCCAUUUUUAUUUGUUUUAUUACACAACUGCCCAAAAAAGGACAGUGUUUUUAUAGUUCAUAUAUAUGAGAUUCUUUAUUUCAUCAAAACCUCAGAAGAUUUGGAUGUAUAUCUGUUUUUUUUUUAAUAUUUUGUUUUUAGCAAUCACUUUUUUUUUUAUUUGCGGAGCAAAAUGUUGUUUUCACUGAACAGAAAACGAUGGCAUAUACCUGAAAAUAAAACCCAAUUGAACUCUUAAUAAUUUCGAGGCGAGACUUUGUGUAAUUUUUAAGUGGUAUUAAUAUACCAACCUAACUAUAUAAGUACGCAGGGAAAGGGACUGUUAGCAAUAGAGUUUGACAGCCCCAUUGCUAGCCCUAUCAGGUCGACCUUCACGUGAUUCCCCCUGGAAACCAUCGUGAACAAUUCUUGUUGAAUUCGUCACGAUAGUCUAACUGACCUGCUUCAUCCUCACCUUUCAUCCUUCACUGGUGCCUCGCCGGUGUAUACCGAUAGCGCGGGUGGGGUUACCAUAUCAUUAUCAUCCAUUAAAAAAAAAACUAUAUAAGUACUUAGUACAAUACAAGGUAUUUUUCAAUCUCUGUUUAUUAUUAUUAAAAGUCAUAAAUUGUGCUCAGAGGAAUUGUUCAGUAUGAUGCCCACAGCCACUUUCUACCAUCGUACGGCUCGCCAUCGACAGGGAGUUCAUCCUCAUGUCCUAUAGCCUCAAUGGUCGCGUACUGCGCGGUUUCAGAGAUGUUUCCUCCCACGAACACUCAAGUUGUGGAAUGAGCUCCCUGCCGAGAUUUUCCCAAGAGACUACAGCAUGGGGUUCUUCAAAAAGGGGGUAAAGAGGUUUCUUCAGGGUCGGCAACGCACGCGUAAUAGCUCUGGUAUUGCAGGUGUUCAUAGGCUACGGUAACCACUUACCAUCAGGUGGGCCGUAUGCUUGUUUGCCACCUCAGUGGUAUAAAAAAAAAUACUUUUUUUUUAUAUCACAAUCUUUGUUGACUAUUCUUUAUUAAUUUUAUAAAUUAAAUAUGAUUAAAUGCAGUAUUAAGAAAACUGUAAGUCGU